AUGGACAUUGAGACAAGCCAGGUUGUGGCUAACUCCGUUGUGACGACGUAUUCGACGCUAUGGGUCUUUCAAGCUGUUGCAACAAUAACAUUGAUUUUACGGAUAAUAUCGAGAUCAUUUAUAACACGCGACAUAGGAUGGGAGGAUACCAUCAUGGCAUUCGGUUGGGCAGUUAACCUCGCAGGCACAAUCGUCAUGACCAUAUCCAUAAACGCCAUUAUACACAUAGCAGAUGCCACUGAUGAUUAUAAUGCCGCAUUGUCAAAUUCUCUCAAACUCUCCCUCAUAGCAGCAGCCCUGGUACCCAACGCAAUGUGGCUCCCCAAAAUCUCGGUUGCCCUCCUUCUCAAUCGGCUUUUACAACCCGGUCCAUGGACGAAAGGCAUGCUGAUAGUUCCCUCGAUUAUUGGGUUCAUUGGUGGAGGUAUUUGCAGCGCAAUAGUCACGUUCGUUCAGUGUAACCCUGUAGCUGGUCAAUGGGAGCCGGAACGAUAUCAUCCCACAUGCUGGGAUCCAAGUGUUAUGGUGGACUUUUACAUUCCUUGGGCUGCUUUAUCAGCAUCUCUCGACAUCCUCUACGCAAUCUACCCAGCAACCAUAUUCUGGAAAAUGCGCCAAUUAACUACCACUCGUAAACUCGCCGUUUCUAUCCUAAUGGGUCUGGGUCUCAUUUCCGGGGGCGUGGGAAUCUACAAGACGACUCUGACACACCUUCUCGAGAGGCGCGAUGAAGGGACUGAUAUUGCGUUGGCGUCGACGCAUAUCCUCACCAUGUGGACUACGAUUGAAGCGGAUUUUAUCAUCAGUGCGGCUUGUAUACCGCUUACAAGGCCGGUUUGGAGGUUGAUGGGCAGUUACGUGGGGGCUGUUUGGAAAGAUGUUAGGGCAAAGUUUGGGUUGGGCCCUGCUCACAACGAUAAUAAUAACGAGAGGAUCGGCCAACGUAGGACCCAUUGGGAUUAUCUUGAACUCCCGGAAAGGAUUUCGGAUGUUAACAGUCUCAUUGGCGAGGGGAGAGAACGGCAUCCCUGUCGUGAUGAUUUCGAAAUGCAAUGUAACCCCCAGGUAGAUACUACUAUUGAGAUACUGUCCUUGCAAAGAUCUACCUUUCGUCCGGUGCACGGCAUCUCUCACGGCGAAUGA